UAGGAGAAGUAGGAAGAGGCAGAGGAUAUCCCAGGAAACUUGGACUGCGGAGGUUCCUCUUUUGUGGACAGUCCCUCCCCCUCCCUGCCUGGGGCUUCCUGUCAGAACUUCCUUCCCAGACAGACAGAUGGACCCAGAAGCCAGAGGGUGCCAGGUCCAGCUCCUCCAACUGCAGAGAUGCCACCACUCCUGCUGCUGCUGCUACUGCUGCGGCUGUGGUGGGGGAUCGAGUGUGUUGUGGGCUGGGGGUCCCAGGCAGGGGCUGGGACUCCCACUCAUCCUCGGUCUCCGAAAGGGUCCCGGCUUCUGGAUGACAGAUACCAGCUGCAGGUGCAAAAUUCCGUGAUGGUGCAGGAGGGCCUGUGUGUCUUCAUACCCUGUACCUUCUCCUACCCCCCAGAUGGCUGGAUCGACUCUGACCCAGUUCUUGUCUACUGGUUCCGGCAAGGGCCCAAUAAAAUCAAUCAGAAACGAGAUGUUCCAGUGGCCACAAACAACCCACAGAAGGAAGUAAAAGAGGAGACCAAAAGCCGAUUCCAGCUCCUCGGGGACCCCCAGGCCAACAACUGCUCCCUGCAGAUCACAGGGGCCCAGAAGAAGGACGGUGGGAAAUACAUCUUCCGGUUGGAGAGAGGAGAGCAGAAGUUCAGUUACAAGGAUACGCUGCUCACGGUGAAGGUGACAGCACUGACAAAUGUCCCCGAUAUCAUCACGGGAUCCCUGGAGUCUGGCUGCCGCAGCCAUGUGACGUGUUCUGUGCCCUGGGCCUGUGACAAGGGGACACCCCCCACCUUCUCCUGGAUGGGCACUGCCCUCAGGUCCCAGGGAUCUCACUCUGAGGCCUAUGGCUCCUCGGUGAUCAUGCUGACCCCUGGCCCGGAGGAUCACGGCACCAACCUCACCUGCCAGGUGACCUUCCCCAGAGCUGGGGUGACCACACAGAGGACCGUCAUGCUCAAUGUUUCCUAUGCGCCCCAGAACCUGACCAUCAGCUUGCUCCGGGGAAAAUGCACAGAACUGAAAUAUCUAGAAUACCUGGGGAAUGGCUCAUCUCUUCCAGCCCUGGAAGGGGAAUACCUGCGUCUCCUCUGUGUCGCUGACAGCAACCCCCCCGCCACUCAGAGCUGGGUCAAGGGGAGACACCCGGUUAGCCCCUCGGAGCCCUGGGACCCCAGGGUCCUGGAACUGCCUCGGGUUCAGAAGGAGGACGAAGGGGAGGUCACUUGUGGAGUUCAGAACCGGCUGGGCUCCCAGCACAUCUCUCUGCGCCUCUCUGUGCUCUACGCCCCCCAGCUGCUCCGCCUCUCCUGCUCCCGGGAGGAGGAAGGUUUGCACUGCAGCUGCUCUGCCCGAGCCAGGCCGGCCCCCUCCCUGCGCUGGCGGGUUGGGGACUGGCUGGUAGAGGGGAACAGCAGCAACGCCUCCGUCAGGGUCACCUCCGGCUCCGCCGGGCCCUGGGCCAACAGCUCCCUGAGGCUCGGCGGGAGGCUCAGCCCUGGCCUCAGACUCCACUGCGAGGCCCAGAACGACCAAGGCGCCCACAGUGUCUCUGUCCUGCUGCUGCCAGGUCUGGGGGUCGGCUUGGCAGGGGAACGUGAGCGUGGGGGAGAAUUUGUUCAGGCGGCCUUCAUGGGAGCUGGCCUCACCACCCUGCUCUUUCUCUGUCCCUGCCUCAUCUUCCUCAUAGUGAAGACCCGAAGGAAGAAGGCAACCAAGACAGCAGCUGGAGGAUUGGAUGCCCCCUCUGUCUUGGGCACAAUCACAUGGAGUCACCGCCAGGAGUCCCAGCCAAGCGGCUGCCCAGUCUGCCCACCCCCGGAUGUGGCCACACCCACAUUGGGAGAAGAACAGGAACUCCAUUACGCCUCCCUCAUCUUCCAUGGGCUGCGGCCCCGGGAGCCUCAGGGCCAGGAGGCCACCAGCACCACAGAGUACUCGGAGAUCAAGAUCCGCCAGUGAGGACUUGCUCAGAGCCCAGGUCUGGCUGGAGGGCCCAGGGCUUCCCUGGAAAUGGACACUUGAGGGGGAUUCUUGAGUCAACAGCUCUCCUCCAGAACAGGAUUUAACUACUGCAUCCAAUGGUUAAGUGCUGGGCUGCUAACUGAAAGGUCAGAGGUUCAAACCCACCAGCUGCUUCAUGGGAGAAAAUUGUGGCAUUUUGCUUUUGUAAAGAUUACAGCCUUGGAAAUCCUAUGGGACAGCUCUAUUCUGUCCUAUAGAGUCUCUAAGAGUUGGAAUUGACUCAAUGGACCUGACAAGAACAACUUGGGAGUUUCACAGUGUGGGGACAGGCAGAACUGGGCUCAGCUCUCAGCCCCAUCGCCAACUAAUAGCAGGAGUUUGAACAAGUCACCUGAUUGCUGAGUUUCCUCCUCUGUCAACCAGGCACAACAAACCUAAGUCACAGGGUUGUUGUGAGGAGUCAGGAAGUAAUUAACAUGGUGCAUCUGUUAUGGACUGAAUUGUGCCCCCCAAAGUAUGUGCUGGAAUCCUAACCCCUACACCUGUGGAAGCAAGCCCUGGAGAUGCAACGGUUAAGGGUUAGGACAUCAACAGAACUUUAGGGGACACGAUUCAAUCCAUAACACCGGGGAUCCCAACCUGUGACAUACUAUCUAUUUAAAAAUAAUAAAGGUAACUCUAAUGAUAAUACAUUUGGAACUCAACUACUUAGGAAUGAAAUCUCUAUAGAAUAAAGUUUCACUGUGGAAAAAAAUGUACUAAAAGUAUACACCACUCAAAAACUUGUACACGAAUAUUCAUAGCAGUACUAUUCAUAAUAGCCCAUAAGUGGAAGCAGCCCAAAUGUCCAUCGACUGAUGAAUGGAUAAACAAAAUGUGGCCUAUCCAUACAGUGGAAUAUUAUUCAGCCAUAAAAAGGACUGAAGUAGUGAUACAUGCUACAACGUGGGUGAAGCUUAACAACUCUAGGGCAUGUGAAAGAAGCCAGUUGCAAAAGCCUACACAUCGUGUGAUUCCAUUUAUAUAAAAUGUCCUGAAUAGGUAAAUCUACAGAGACAGAAAGCAAAUUACUGGUUAGGACUGAGAGGAAUGUGAGGAUUGGAGGGUGCUACCUAAUGGGUACAAGUUUUCUUUUUGGGGUGACAAAAAAAUUGGUUGUGGUGAUGGUUGCAGAACUCUGUGAACAUACUAAAAACCAUUGAAUUGUGCACAUUUAAAUGAGUGAGUUGUAUAGUCUGUGACUGAUGUCUCAAUAAAGUUGUUAUUUGCAAAUUCUAA